CGCAGUGGGGACUGUAGAAGGAGAGGAAGGGGAUAUCUCCACGCGAAAUCCACCACGAUGAGCGGCGGCGGCCGGAAGCCGGUGGGCGACGAUGCAGAGGUGGAGGCGCUCCUCCGAGCGGCGCAGGAUGCCGUGCUGCUCAAGCUCCAGGCCAACUCCCACCUCGUCUCGGCGUCGUCGUCCGCCGCUUCGAACCCUCUUGCUCUCGACGAGGGGCCCGGUCCACUGGACGACGACCUCGCCCGCCGCCUCGACGCGCUCAGGUCCCGUCCGCCGGCGCCGAAGCGGACCGAUGCUGCCCCUGCCCCUGCAGUCGGCGGGAUGGACGAGAUGGAGGCACGGUUCGCGGCGCUGAAAGGCCCGGCGGUUUGCCCGGAGAAGGAGACGAGGGUGCGGCUGGAGGAUCUGGGAGGGGAAUCGGACGAGGAGGAUGAGGUGGAGAAGGUGAUGCGGUGGGCGAUGGAUGCCGCGCGGCUCGACGUCGCCACUUCCGGCGGUGGCGCCAGCAACGCCGUGGACAAUUUAGAAGACAAGAGCAGCAACGCCGAUGACAAGGAAGAAGAAGAUAAGAGCAGCACGGGUAGCGAGGAGGACGAGGAAGAGAGACUGGAACUGGAGGAGGAGAAGAAGAGGAAGGAGAUGAUGAGCAAGAAGAACAAGGCCAAGAGCAGGUGGUUCUUCUUUUGAUCCUACAUGUAUGUAAUGUUUGACCUGAUAUCAUCACAAGCAAAGAUGCAUCCCUUACACAUGUAUGUUUGAUCUCAUGAAUCCAGCAAGUAAACAGAGGAUCCAAUCAGAUUAUCUGUAAUGGAGAUUAUGAGCUUGCAUUGCUA